CCCAAAUCCAUUUAAUCAAUACCUUAUAAUACUGAUCGAAACUUCAAUCAAAACCUAAAAGUAUAAUGAACUACUGAUUUACCCCCCUGAUCAGACCAAUUCCAGUCUGUUCCAAAUAUGUCACAACUAGACUCUGCCCAACCGCCAAACGAGGCAAACGAGGUGGGGGAAGACGGUUGCUACGUCGGACUCACGCACGACAAACUCGAUGUGCAACGUACCAUGGACAGAGUGCGAAGUCCAGAAGCUGGAGCAAUUGUGGUUUUUGUUGGAACAACACGCAACAGCUUCGAUGGCAAGCCCGUCAAGGAGCUCAACUACACAGCCUACAAUCCCAUGGCCCUGCGCACCAUGAUCUCUAUCUGUAAAGCCAUGAAGACAAAGCACGGCCUCAAGGGAAUCGCCAUGGUGCACAGGCUGGGAGUCGUCCCUAUCUCCGAGGACAGCAUCGUCAUCGCCGUGUCAUCGCCUCACAGACAGGCGGCCUGGAGGGCUGGCGAGGAGGCAUUGGAGGAGUGCAAGUCCAAGGUCGAGGUUUGGAAGCGUGAAGAGUUUGAGGGCGGCGAAGGGGUAUGGAGAGCCAACCGCGACGGCGCACCCGGGCAGAGGAUUGACAAGGACGAGCCGGCAGUCGCGGCCGCUGGCGGCGGGGAAAUUGAUGACUAGGAACUAUACUAUAUCUUUGCUGUGGGACUCGGUUUCGACCGGCAGAGACUCUCUUCCUUGCUUAGACCGGCGGCAUCGUUUCACCGCAGACUGCACGGUGGGACGACUUCCACCCCAGCCCUUGGCCGAUGAUUUCAAGUUUUUUCCCCAAGGAAUUACUGUGAGUUUUUUGUACAGUUGUAGAAGAUUGUAUAUAGGUAUUCUCUCAUACUGUACAAGUGGUUCAUAGGGUCAUGUUAGGAAUCACUCCUACCCCUGUUGAAUUGGAGAUCCAGCCGGGCGGACCCGGUUUAUCGAUAGUUAGUCACG